GCGGGGGUCACCGGCGGAGCUUACCUCAGGCAGAUCUUCGUUUACAACUCCGAUAGUCCUGACUCUACCAUCUUCAGUGCUGCCCACUCCUGGGUGUCCAAUUAUGUAGCCGGAGAAGGAUUCGCCGACUUGUCGGUCGUCUGGAGCUUGGGUCGCGACAAUGUCGCCAUCGUGGUUCCUGCCCUCUGGUCGGCCGAAGGCGGUCAAAUGACGAACCUCUUCGGGGAUGAUUUCUUCCUGGAAUGCACUCUCGGCCAGGGUCUCAUUGUCUACUCCACCAGACUGGACUGAUGAACCGUGUUGUAAAUGUCAUGCAAUGAAGGCCAUUGAGGAAAAAAACAAAUCGUCCUCCGAAAA